UUGGGGUCCCGCCGGGAGAGGACAGAAAACGGCGUGACAAGAUAUUCCAAAUGGCCGGGGGGGGGUAUUGAAACCAGUUUUCCAUUCGUCCCCCUCUCUAAUGCGGAUGAGAUGGUAUGCAUUGCCUAGAUCCAGUUUGGUGAAUAUGGGGGUGUCGCAGAGGGGUUCAAAUGAAGGGUCAGUAAGGGGGAGCGGGGAUUUAUUUUUCACAGCGAUGUCGUUGAGUCCCCGGACGUCAAUGCAGGGGCGGAGAGUGGGAGCUUUCUUUUCAACGGAAAAGAAUCCGGGACCCGGCCCGGUGUCCACAUCAUCAUAUCGGAAUGAGAUGCGAAUGUGCCCAGUUUGCCGAAUAUGUUCAGUGCGAGUACUACAAAUGUGCGGUGUGUGUGUGUGUGUGUGAAGUAAGAGGCGAGACUCCUGCAGGCCUUGCCAGGCCUGACCGGCUGGAAGAUCCCGGUGAAAAGGGGGGGCGGCCCUCCUUUAGCUGCUAAUCCCCCCCCCCCAGCACCCUCAAAGAUUUUACCAUUGGUUAAUGUUGAUAGUUUAUCUUUCCAGUUGAACAAUAUUGCUUGUUUUUUUGUUUUGUUUGUUUUUUUAGCGAGUGCUAAAAUUCCAAGUAUUGGUCGAGCAUGUUUAUUUGGAAGAGCGAUCGAUACCUUUGAAAUCACCCGAUAGAGAAAUUGGAAUCCUCCGAUUCAAAACUGACGAGAGUUUCUGUCUUUUUCUCAUUUUGCGAAGUCACAGCAUGUUACUCCAAUUGCAAAGUCUUGACACUGGCUCCCAGUCAGUUUGAAAAUCGAUUUGAAAGUUCUCACACUGGUCUAUGAAUCACAAAAUGGUUGCGGCCCCCAAGACAUGAAAGAAACGCUCACGGAAUAUCAACCCAGAAGGGCUUUGUCAUCGACAGACUCGCUCGCUCGGGUCCAAGCCAACGCACGAUGCUGCACACGAACGGGCGAGGUUGCCAACAGAAGUGGCGUCGGCCCCCAAGUGUGCAUGUUUUUGAGUCCGUGUUAAAAACCAUAUCCCCCCCUCUCAUGCUAUUUAGAGCAUUUUCCGCUUUGAAAUGAUCUUUCUUGCACUGUACGCUGUUUUAAUUGUAUUUUUUUUUCUUCCUCUCUUUGUUUUCAAUGUUUAUAGGCUGUUUUUCUUUCCAUUCCUUUCAUCAUGUAAAGUUCAUUGCGUUACCUCGUGUAUGAAAUGCGCUAUAUAAAUACAUUUGCGUUUGUUUGCUUUGAUUAAUUUGUCUAAUUAGUUAUUUUUGCUUUGUGGCACGAGUGCCACCAUUUUCUGAACAAAAACGGGAUGUUCUACUAACGUAUUCACGUGUGUUGGGAAUCUUUUUAGGAUUGCUGUCCUUACGUUGUCGUGUUGACGGACGUUACCGCGUCUAAUUAGAAAUCCUUGGAAUCGUCUUUCACAGGACAUGAAUGGAUUAUUUUUGAAUAAGCGACGUCGGCGGUCAAUUCCCCCGAGUUCCGAUGUUUUGCAGUAAACGGGCAUUUUGUUCACCUCAAAAUCAGGAUUGGGGAGGAACGACGUGGCGCGGACUGAGAUUGUGUGGUUUCGAGACUUUUCCACCAAACCCGACGAAGUGGCUGCAAUAAUCUGAUUGUUCAAACAAUUGUGGCGUUUGAGGCUUGUGCUGUUAAAUGGGAGGUCUGAAAAUUUGGCGCUAUUGCAGUCUUACCUGUUCUCGUUCCAGCCAAGAUUGUUGUUCAACAUUUGAACCUAACCGUUUCAUGAGGUAUUUGUGCUUGAAGUGAGGUGCUUCAAGUCCCAGUUCGGUUUUACUUUUCUGAAGGGUACAUAGGCUAAUUCUAUUCUACUUUUGAAAUUUUGAGAGUGAAAAAUGUAAAAUGGCAGAGUCUAGCUUUUGGAACCGCUUUAACGCGGGUUUGAAUGGGAUCAUUGAAAAUAAACGGUUAAUUUGAGGUACGGUUUUCCUUUUUACCGUAGCAAUACACCCUCGGAAGUGAGAUGCGGAAGCUGUUCCGACGUUUUAAGUCGUCAUUUUUUUACCGUUGGAGGUCUGUGAUUUCGAUGAUCUGAGAUAUUAAUGCGUAGCUAUUUGAUAUUCCCCGUAGUACUUGGAAAGUAUGGAUUUUGGUCCGCAGGACUCUUGUGAGUUCGUCGUUAUCGGAAGUGUGGUUGAUUUUGACGGGUUGAUGGCAUAUUCUGAUAAUUGUGAAAAUGUCUCAAUGAGCUCAAAAACUGUUUGAAGUGAUGACUUGUGUUCUUGGAAAUAAAGGAGGAGAUCAUUGAUUUUGUGUUUGGACACAGAAGAGCAGAUACCUUUUCAUACUAGUGUUCCGCCGGAUCGUUACUGCCAGUGGUUCGAUCGAUGGUACGAAUAGCAGGGGUGAGAGUUGGGCGUCCAGGGAGUCAAGUGAACAUCUGUGACGUGACCCCACUCGUGGCGGCAGUUGUACCACGUUGCGAUCCGGUGAACAUAUGAAUCGCCGAAGCCAAAUUUGUGAAGUGUUGCAAACCCAAGACCAUCGAGACCAAUUGCUUUCGGAUUAUUACGCUGAGACAUCCUGAUUAGGUUUAUCAGUCACCUGACAUUGUCGGUGGCGCGCAGACCUUCAAUGAAACCUGUUUGGUCACAAUGCAUUAUCGACGGGCGAAUUAUUUUAUUUUUUUUUGUCGUCUGUUGGCUAAAGCCUGCGAAGUAAUUUUGAAAUGCGUAUGAAUGAAUUAGUGACAGCGGUCGUUCACGAGGUGGCUCAGUGGGGUCUUUCCCCGGUUUCGGUCGCAGUUGUAUUACGGCUCUGUUCAUAUGGCUUCCGAUGAGGCCUUCGUCUUUUAUCUCUGUCGCCGUUCUGAGAAAUUGUGGGUCGAGUACAGACCAGAAAUGUUUAUCAAACACUGUGGAAAAUACAUCGUCAUUUCAUGUUUCAGAUCAUCAAACAAAUUCAAAUGUCAGACAAAGAUAACCCGAGUCAACAUUUUGAAAUGGUGAUUUUAUGUGUUCAGGAAAAAUCCAUUCCAAACUUCCUGGCCCUUGUGCAAAAAGUAAUGGCCCCCGAAACCCAAUAACUGCUUGGGCCACCCUCAGCAGCAGCAACUGAAAUUGAAAACAGCGUUUUCUCGAACUGGCAAUGAGUCUUUCACGUCUCUUGGGAGAUAUUUUGGCCAACUCCUCCUUGCAGAAUUGUUCCAACCCAGCCACACUGGAGGGGUUUCGAGCAUGAACGGCCUUUUUCAGGUCAUGCCAAAGCCUUUCAAUCAGAUGCAAGUCCGGACUUUGACUCAGCCCCUCCAAAACCUUCAUUUUUCAUUUAUUUUUUUUAUUUAAUUUUUUUUCUCUCUCGUAAGACAUUCAUACGUUGGCCUGCUUGUGUGUUCUGGAUCCUCUUCCUGGUGCGGAACACCAAGUGCGCUUCAGCUUGAAGACACGAGCUGACGGCCAAAACAUUCUCCUUCGGGAUUUUCCGGUAAAGAACAGAAUUCACGGUUCAGUCAAUCACAGUAAUUCGUGAGAGCACGACGAACACGGUGGUCCGUCCCGAAGGACCGCCGUGUGUGACCGUUGGUAGGAUGUUCUUUUUCUCAAAUGCUGUGUUAAAUUUACGCCAGAUGUAUACGCAUAUAUAUAUAUAUAUAUAUAUAGACAUACACGCCUUCCAAAAAGUUCCACUUUUGUGUUGUCAGUCCAUAAUAUUCGAUAUAAAGAUCUUCGGAAUCACUCCGAUUUUUAUUUUUUUUUUUUAUUUUUUUUUUUUUGCGCAUAAGUAAGACAAGAACUUUGUUCUUUUUGGUCAGCAGUGGUUUUUGCCUUGGAACUGGAUGCCAUUUUUGGUAAGUCAUGAAGACUGAUAGAUGUGACUUUCUUUCUCCUCUUUUUUUCUUUCUUUCUUUUUCUUGAAUAUGCUUACAAUGCGUGGGUUUUCUCCGGGCACUCCGGUUUCCUCCCACAUCCCAAAGACAUGCAUGGUAAGUUGAUUGAAGACUCUAAAUUGCCCGUAGGUGUGAAUGUGAGUGCGAACGAACGAUUGUUUGUUUGUUUCUAUGUGCCCUGCGAUUGGCUGGCGACCGGUUCCGGGUGUACCCCGCCUCUCGCCCGAAGAUAGCUGGGAUGUGCUCCGGCACGCCCGCGACCCUGGUGAGGCGAAGCGGUUCCAGUUUAUAGUUCCUAAACGAUGGCAAAGCAACAGACCAGUAUGUAUUCACUUGGCCGGCACCGGGGACCAUUUCUUCUGGCGCCGAAGGACCCUGAUGGCCAGGCCCAUGGUCAAAGAAGCAGGAAUGGCUUCCCUGCUUUUGGAGAACCCUUAUUAUGGCUAUCGAAAACCUAAAGACCAGUUACGAUCCUGUCUAAAGAAUGUGUCAGACCUGUUUGUGAUGGGUGGAGCUCUGAUCUUGGAGUCCUCCGUGCUUCUCCAUUGGCUGGAGACUGAGGGGUACUCACCUGUUGGAAUGACCGGUAUUUCCAUGGGGGGAUAUAUGUCGUCUUUAGCAGCGACUAAUUGGCCGAAGCCGAUCCCUCUGAUUCCCUGCCUGUCGUGGUCCACCGCCUCGAGUGUCUUCACCACGGGUGUGCUAAGUAAAGCAGUGAAUUGGUCGGAGCUGGAGAAGCAAUAUGCCAUUAAUUCGGUGUAUGAAGAAGAGAUCGUUAAGCUGUUGGAGUAUUGUGGGGCUGACUCCUUCAGGAUGGCUCAAGAAUUUGUAAAACCCUCUUCGGGGAGAGGGGAUUCUUUCGACCAUCUACGAGACCAGCCAAGAGGAGACGGAGUGUCAAUGGGCUGCUACUCGAGGGCGGGAGGAAAGGCCGCAACUGGGCCCGGCCUGUGGCUCGGAGAGGGCGUGGCUGCACACGAACUGGACACGUCGUUAUCGGUGGACAACGCCAAGACGCGUUUCGACCCCUCACCGAGUGGCUUCCAAGCAAACAAAUCGCUGACUGGCAAGAAGGAAGAUUCCGCCGAAAUCCGCCGGCCGUCAUUACACGGCGAGUCGAUAAGCUUCAUGAAGGGAGUGAUGGACGAGUGUACACACAUGGCCAACUUCUCUGUCCCUGUUGACACCAGUCUGAUCAUCGUGGUGCAGGCCAAGGAAGAUGCCUAUAUCCCUCGUGCAGGGGUCCUGAGUCUGCAGGAGAUUUGGCCUGGGUGUGAAGUCCGUUAUCUAAAUGGAGGACAUAUCAGCGCUUAUCUAUUUAAACAGAACGUCUUCAGGCUAUCUAUGAUGCAUUCAACCGAUUCUGCCGGAAGUAUCCCCACCUCCUCUAGCCGUGGCAGUGUCGACGCCCUCACCCUCCUGCGACAGCAACUUGCGCUGCGCGUGUGUGUCCGUCCGUGUGCAACUCCUCUCUCAGCCUGUAGAAGGGAAAUGUGAUUGUGCAGCUUUUUUUGCCAACUGAAAAAAACAUGGCUUCCUUGGCUUUUUUUAAAACAUUUGAUUCGGAAUACACAUGUAAAUGACUGCAUCAUGUUUCUUUUUAUUGACUGUAUUGUUGAUGUGUAACUUGUAUGGCAACUGAUGGGAAUGUCCCCCCCCCCCCAACACUUUCUUGUUGAGCCUCAAGCCCAUUUGUAAUCACACCCAUUUAGGAUUAGUAUACCAUUACCCCUAAGGUCCGUAUUUGCAUACCAGUCCCAAUAGUUUAUCCUGCAGGGGCUAUAUGUAAUGUACUUAUUUCCUUUUUUUUAAGUAUUUGAAAUUGCAUUUCUAUAAAUCACAUUUUUUAA